GAAGUGACACACGCACACACCAACAUUAUAUAAACACACUGUGUCUCUCGCUCAGAGAUCAGCGAACAUGACCCGACCGAAAGGAGGAUACUACAAAGGAGAACUGGGGGAGCCACACAAAUUUGACCCCACAUUCAGAGGACCUGUUCAUAAAAGGGGCUGCACAGACGUGCUUUGUUGCGUGAUCUUCGUCAUCGUCAUCCUCGGCUACAUAGUUCUGGGAACAGUGGCAUGGAUGCAUGGAGAUCCCCGAAAAGUGGUCUAUCCGACAGACAGCUAUGGGCAAUUCUGCGGUCAGCAGGAGACUCCUAAUGCAAAUAAAGCCAUAUUAUUUUACUUCAAUAUUUUACAAUGUGCCAAUCCCUCAGUCCUCAUUAACCUCCAGUGCCCUACAACUCAGCUGUGUGUAUCCAAGUGCCCAGACAGAUUUGCCACAUACAUUGACAUGCAAUACAGCUACAGGCGCAAUAAGGGCUCCUGGGAAUACUACAAGCAAUUCUGCAAGCCGGGCUUCAACAACCCUGAUAAGCCGAUUUCUCAGGUACUUCGGGAUGAAGAUUGUCCCUCAAUGAUUGUGCCAAGCAGACCAUUUCUCCAGAGGUGCUUUCCUGAUUUCAUCACCAGAAAUGGGACGUUAACUGUUGCCAACCAAACAAGCUUCAAAGAUGGACACGGUAAAAUCAGAAGCGUCGUCGACCUGAGAGAUGCAGCCAAUGGCAUCACCAGCUUGUUGGAUGCGAAGGAAGUGGGCACCAAGAUCUUUGAGGAUUACGCCAGCUCGUGGUUUUGGAUUCUAAUCGGUCUGGUGAUCAGUAUGCUGGUCAGUCUGGUUAUUCUGCUGCUGAGGUUUACCGCCGGCGUUCUCUUCUGGUUGGUUAUCUUUGGAGUCAUCGCGGCUGUGGGAUACGGAAUCUGGCAUUGUUACUGGGAGUACAGUUCACUGAAGGGAAAACCGGAUUCGGAUGUUACCAUCUCAGACAUUGGAUUCCAGACUGACUUCCGAGUUUAUCUGCAGUUGAGCCAAACCUGGCUUAUAUUCAUGAUCUCCUUGGCUGUCAUUGAAGCCAUCAUCAUCUUAGUGCUGAUAUUCCUGAGGAACAGAGUUCGCAUUGCCAUCGCUCUUCUGAAAGAGGGCAGCAAGGCGAUCGGCUGCAUCAUGUCAACACUCUUCUAUCCCAUCAUCACCUUCCUGCUGCUGGCUCUCUGUAUUGCAUACUGGGCUGUUACAGCUGUUUUCCUGGCAUCGUCUGGCGAGGCCGUAUACAAAGUAAUGUCAACACUACCUGACUGCAAAUACACCAACCUCACUUGUGACCCAGAGACUUUUAGCCAAUCAAACGUGACUAAACUGUGUCCGGGCUCUCAAUGCACAUUUGCUUUCUAUGGUGGGGAGAGUUUGUACCACCGCUACAUCUUUGUUCUCCAGCUCUGUAAUUUGCUGGUCUUCCUGUGGCUGGUGAAUUUCACCAUCGCUCUUGGCCAGUGCACCCUCGCUGGGGCUUUUGCCUCGUAUUACUGGGCCUUGAGGAAGCCGGCAGACAUCCCACCGUGCCCUUUGGCUUCAUCAUUUGGCAGGGCUUUAAGGUAUCAUACAGGCUCUCUGGCGUUUGGUGCUUUGAUCCUGUCCAUCGUCCAGUUCAUCCGGAUCAUUCUGGAGUAUCUCGACCACAAACUGAAAGGUGCUCACAAUGCAUUCACACGCUUCCUGCUGUGCUGCCUCAAAUGCUGUUUCUGGUGCCUCGAGCACUUCAUCAAGUUCAUGAACAGGAAUGCUUACAUUAUGAUUUCAAUAUAUGGGAAGAAUUUCUGUACUUCAGCGAGAGACGCUUUCUUCCUGUUAAUGAGGAAUGUUAUGAGAGUUGCAGUUCUAGACAAGGUGACUGAUUUCCUGCUGUUUUUGGGCAAACUGUUGAUCUCAGGGAGUGUGGGUGUCCUUGCAUUCUUUUUCUUCACCCGCCAAAUACCAGUAAUCCAGGAAGAAGUACCAUCAUUAAAUUACUAUUGGGUUCCUCUACUGACUGUGAUAUUUGGAUCGUAUAUGAUUGCUCAUGGAUUCUUUAACGUCUAUGCCAUGUGUGUUGAUACACUGUUCCUCUGCUUCUUGCUUGAUCUGGAGAAGAACGAUGGUUCAGCAACCCGUCCGUAUUACAUGUGCAGCAGCCUGAGAGCCAUUCUCAACAAGAAGAAUCAGAAGAGACCCAAGGAGACCAAGAGAGGUAGAAAACAAAAGAAGGAGCAACCAAAAAGCAGACACUGACAUGGAAAACAGACACUGCCGAUGCUCAGACUGUGUGUGUUUCCAGAUUAUUCGCGUCUGUGAGACAGACAGAUUUAUGAAGGAUUGUUAUUUGCGCACUGUAGGUCAUCUUUUUUUUUUUUUUUGUUUGUUUCUUUGUUUGUCAUAAUUCUCCUUAGCAACCCAAAGCUAUAUGAUUCUUUUUGUUUAUUAGGAAAUGAAAUACACUUACAAUGAACACAAAAACGUUGACAAAAGUAGCUACAUGAACUUAAAUUAGGGCCACUUUCCAACACCCUUAGAGGCCGAUUACACCAAACACGCUUUUCGCGUUGAGAGGUGCAUCUUUUGAAUGGUUUACUAUUGGCCGCGAGCAUUUUGUGCAUUGCUUAUGUUCCCUGUGUGCCUCACGUUUUAACCACCUGCUGGUCCUCGUGUUUUUGCCGUUGCGCGCUGUGCGCGCUCUGUUGAAAAAAGUCAACUCUGAGCGGAAAAAGAGCAUUACAUCAGUCGCGUCUGUUUCAUUCUCCAAUCAAAUGAAAGCAGAGGUGGGGUUUCUGUUGAGGUGACAGCAGUGUUGUGUCAAGACAACUAUGGAGACUUUUGAAGAUGGAGGAGAAUCUAGCAGUCGCUGUUUUGAGUUAUCUGGAGCUGUAUGACUUGACAAAUCUUGAAUAUCACAAUAUUAUUAGAUAUUACAAUUAUAACAAUAUCAACAGCAACACUCGCGCACAAUAUGCAGCUAAUUCAGUCGUUGCAGAGUGACAUAAACAAGCACACCGCACUUCUUUUUUUCUUGUCAAUAAAAAAGGCAGUGUGGUGCGCCUUGUGUUUUUGGAACGUAAAAGCGUGUUCGGUGUGAUCAGGCCCUUAUAUAGCAUAAAAAAGAGCCAGGAUAUUAUUUAAUACUACUCCAGCUGUGUUUGUCUGAAAAGAGAAAGUCAAAUACACUGAGGAUGGCUUGAGUAAAUUAUAGUAGUGUUUCUUAACCACGUUCUGGGAGAACCACCAACACUACAUGUUAUGGAUGUCUCCUUUGUCUGUCACACCCAAUACAGGUCUUUCAGUCUCUGCUGAUGAGCCGAUGAUCUGAAUCAGGUGUGUCUGGUUAAGGAGACAUGGAAAAUGUGCAGUUAUGCUGCAGUCACACUAGAGUUUGUACGCGUCAAAUUCUGUAGUACGACACUGCGAAAAGGGGCGGGAUUAAACAAGAUGAUUAGACAUUUAAAAAGCGAGCGAUUGGUCCAUGUUUUAAAUUUCUGUCCAGAGAGGUCAUGUUUUUAUCCUCGAUUGGUCUCACGCAAUCAUGUGAUGCGAUUUCGCAGGUCAGAGUUCACCAAGCUUGAAAUUUCCAACGCAGCGAACUGUGAAACUUACCACACGAGCUUGUUUCCGGUCGACGCAUUCGCAUGUGUGUGAAUGGAAGUCUAUGUGGAGAAAAGUGCAGUGUGACUGCAGCUUUAGUGGUCCUCCAGUAACAUGGUUGAGAAACACUGAAUUAUAGGGUCGUUUUUAUUUUGGGGUAAACUCUUCCUGUAAUUUCCUGGUUGUGGAUUCUGAUUUAAAUGUUUUUAUUGCUCAGACAAAUAAUUUUUUUCAGAAUGAUACCAGCAGCAUUGCUCCUCAGUGCCGUUAUCUUUAAAGUUGUAGUAUGAUUUGUUACCAUCUUUGUAUGCAUUUUGUCGAAUAUUUUUAGCUUGUCUUUUAUAUGACCAUUGUGUUGUGUUAGCACCCGUUUGGGGUGAAACCGCCACUUCUCUCAUAUUGAGAAAACGUUGCCAUUUGUAAUCGCUGUUUAGCUGAAGUGCCUUAUUCGAACAUGGUUUAACAGCUCUCUUAACCUCAAGCACAUGUUGAUACGAGCCCUUUUUCUGCUGUGCAGAGCUUAUAACUCUAUUUAUUCCUUCAUUACUGCUCUCAUUCAUCAGAUCCAUUGCACUCUUUAGCCACACAUCUCCUGUGAUGUCAUUGUGUCCGUCCAUUUUAGCCAAGAAAACUUGAAGUUGUUAAUUAUAAUUUAUACAAAUAUAAAUAGAAUAUUAGAAGUUGUUUUAGGUUGGUUAAUUUGUUGGCUAGUGAUUAUCGUUUAUUUAGUGAUUAUCAAAAAUAUGAAGUGUUGGUUUGAAGUUUUUUCUAUAUAUACAUGAACAUAUUUAAGUCUAAAUGUGUUCUUUACCAGUUUAAUGCCAUUCAUUAAUGUUAUUCUGCCCUUAUAAAUCAUUAAAAAUAUAUAUUUUUGAGUUUAACAACCAUCUAAUCGUCUUAUUGGUAUGUAUCUACUUGUCAUAAGUUUUCUUCUCAUAAUUUUUGAUCAUAUUUUGUAAUGCAUAAUAACAUUGUAUAUGAUGUAAUCCCAA